ACAGACAACAGACACCAGACAGCAGCAGCAGAUCUUACUGUGAAUCCUCUGCCUGGUAUUGGUUCUCUUAUUGGCUCUGUUGUAGCAGAAGACGCGGAGCAUCAUGAACUCCGUUUUAUCGGACGUGAGCUGGGACGAGCGCUUCGCUUUCCCCGAAGUUAACGCUGAGAACCAGGCUGUGACAGCGGAGAUUCGUAAAAAAAAAGCAAAGCUGGAACAACUGGAAAACAAACUUGAGAGCUACAAGGAUCAAAAGCAGUUAAUGACCGAGUUCCUCAAAAAUGGUCAACAAGAGCUGGAGAACACUGUGGCUUUAUGUAAGGCCAAGGAAAGAGAAGAAGCGUUGGAGAAACACCUCACAGCCCUCGCAGAGAGGGAGACAGGUCGCCUGGAGCAGGAUACGACAAAGAUGGAGAAUGAGCGUCGAUCUUUAGCAGAGAGGAGAAACAUGCUGGAGAAUCACAUCUUCAAGACCAAACAGAAGCUGGAGGAGUUUAGGGACCAGAUGAACUGGGACCAGCAGACCAUGGAGAACUAUUUGGAGGAGUCAGCACGUCAAGAUGAGGACGCAAUGGCCAUCAUGAAGUACGCCCAGCAAGAUGAGCAUAAGAUCAAGUCACUCACUCUGGCAAUAGAGAAGAAGACACUGGAAGCCGGUGAAAAGCGAAAAGCCGUUGACAAGGAGUUGACUGAGACCAUAUCUGCACAGAUUGCUUUGGAUAAGAUGACAGAUAAUUUGCAGCAGACUCACCUGGAGACACAGCAGCUGAUCCACCAGUGGGAAAACACGGUCAAGCAGAUGAAUCAACGUGAUGCUGAGAUGCAGCAGUGUGCACUGCAACUUGCCGAAGCUAACCAGACUAUCAGGGAAAGGAAUGCCACCGUUAAAGAGAGGAAGCACUUGCUGGAUGAUCAGAGGAACAACAACAAGGAAGCUGAGAGGAAGAUGUCUGGAGCCCAGCGGCAGGCUGUGAAGCUGCGGCAGGAUUUGAAGGAGCAGGAGAAUAACUGCAGAGCGCUGCAGGAUGAGCUGAAUAGUUGCAAGGGCGCACGAGACAAAGCAACCUCCAGUGUGAAGUCUGUGACGACCAACAUAUCCAGGAUGAAGAAAGACUUCAGGGAUAAUGACGAGAAACUCAAGGAGGCCAGGGCGUAUAACACUGCGCUGGAGGAGAAGCUUAAAGAAGUGACUCAGAUUGCCCUGAGUGAGGAGGAGAGAGCUGCUCAGAUGGACCAGUUUCUCAAGGAUGAGGACGAGGAAAUCAAGGAGCUGGAUUUGCAGCUGCGUGACUGCAGACAUGAGCUGUUCCGUCAUAAAGAGCAUCUGCAGGCUCUAAAGACCAAGGGGAAGGAUUCUGUCGCCUGUGUUUCCAGGAGCAAAUCCACCAUCACCGGCCUGGACAGCCAGCUGAGAAAACAAGAAAAAGACUUAUUGAGACAGCAGAUGAUCAUUAAUGAGCAGGACUCAAAGGUCAUCAACCUGGAUAGAAAACUGGCACGGCUGCAAGGGGACGUCCAGCUAGAUGAAAAACAAGCGCUAGACAUGAAUAUCGCUGAGCUGACCAAAGCCCUGGAAGAGAAGAAGAAGGCAGCCAACAUGCUAACCAGCAUUCUCAAGGAGGCUGAGGAAGAUAUCCGCUUAUUGAAGAAAGAAAUGGGAAAGUCAGAAGCUCAAAAGAGAGAUGUGACCGAGAAGGUAGAGGAGCUCAUGCUGCUCCGUGUUACCAGUGAGAAGGAGCUGAAGACACUCCGGCUCAGGAAACAGGACGACUUGGUGGAGCUUAACAUCUUGAAGGUCGAGGUCAAGCGCAUUAGAGAUCUGCUGUACGACAAGACGGACACUGUGCUGUCGUUGGAGAAGAGAAAGCUGGGGCUGCAGAAAGCCUUAAAGGAGAGGGAGGCUGAGAUCAAGGUCUACAGAGAGAUGCUCGGCCAGAAGCUCAAGAUCAGCGAGCAGGAGAGACAGAGACUGAGUGCUGAGCUGAAUGAGAAACUGUCCAAGAUUGUCAUGAUCAAGAGCCGUUUUGAGGUUGUGACCCUUUCGAUGGCAGUUCCUGAGGGGGAAGAGGAGAAGACACUGGCCUACUAUAUCACAAAGGCUGCACAAGAGAAAGAGGAGCUCAAGCAAACGGGAGACGCUCUAGAUGCUAAAAUACACAAGAUGGAGCUGGAGAACAGCGCUCUGGAGAACACCAUCCAGCUGUUCAACAACAGUAACUCAAUGUUUCGCAAAUCUCUCAACAAAGUCAAUGAAUCAGGUCCAGAAUACCAGGAAAAACUGAAGUUAGAGGAAGAGUUAAGUGCAGCUGAGGAUACAUUCAAGUUCAAGAAGAGACACGUCCAGGAGCUGCAACAGGACCUACAGGACAUGAACAACACCUUUGAGAGUCUGCUGCAAGAAGAGCAGGUUGAAAAAGAUAAGAUGGAGCACAGACAAUUACUCAUCAGCAAACUGAUCAAAGAAAUCACCUCCCAGCAAGAGAAGAUUGACAGGGCAACCAAACAGUGCUCCAAGCUGACCAAACAGAUCCGUGCAGCGAAUAACACCAAGUCUGAGACUUUAGAGGAAAAAGACAUUAAACUGAGGGAACUAGAAGAAUUCAACAGGAGCAUCGGUAAGAUGCUAAAUGAAGCCGUGGAGGACAAGCCUGAUCUCAGACCAGUGCUGGAGAAAUAUUUCCUGCAGGCCAAUCUGUCUUUUCCAGCUCCUUCCUCCACGCCCACCAGCCAUCGCAGCUCCAAGACAAACUCCGCCCGCAGCUCUGCCUCCCUCAGGUCUCCUGCAUCUUCAGCCAGCAGCAGCCCCAGGGCCUCUGCACUUCAUUCUCCCGUGUUGAAGACUGUGGAACUGGGCUUAGACAUGACUGUGACCUCCCCUCCUCCCACCAGCUCCAGACGUUCCAGCUCUGCAAGUAGCAGCACCAGCAGCAGGAAGUUGAAGAACUCCUAGUUGUAUAGAAUUACUGUGUCACAUCACUCAAUGGACACAGACUGUGAAAUGUUUGGCCUUUUUUAGUUGAAGCAGUCAGGAGACACACACACACACACACACACACACACACACACAUCCAUCUCCAAUAAUCAGGCUAUGAAGAACUGAACUGAAUACAACAUACAAACCGUAAUCACAUACAUCAUCUGAACUCAAAGAACACCAAUCAUUAUUUCAUUUGUUUAAUCAACGGAAACUUAAUAUCAUGAUUUGGAAGUGACAUGGCUGCUGAACUCUGUAUUCUCCAUUUGAAAGUACUUUGGAAUAAAAGUACUUGAAGACAGUAUUUGUAUUUGUACUUAUUGUUACAGAUUAUCACCGAACUUACAAACUUACAUUUUAAUCAGGAGAGACUUUUUAUAAUGAACAUAAAUAUAUUGUGACCAGAGGAAUAGACUUUGGCACAUAGACCCCAGCAGGAACAAGAUGGAAGCAAUCAAGACUUAACCUGGGUCCCUGGGCAGUGGUGGUGACGAGGGAUGGAGCGUGCAGUCUGAUGAAGGGCUUCUGGUUGGAGGGUUUAAUUGGAGAUGAUGUAUCCAGAGGUGAGGUGCAGGGUCAGAGACGCGCCUGACAGCUGAAUGACAGGAGGGAGACAGAGACGACUUCUGAACUUUGAAAGCUUAUAGGUGAUUUACUCUCGGCUGUGAAUCGUUUACCACAAAAGAUCCACAGACAGGACUCAUAUACUCACCAAAUCAGUCGGUGUAAACGUCACCAAAAUACAAUGUGAUAGUGCAAACAACAGUAGUGUGUUUUGUGUUUAGAAUAGAAAUGGAUGUAUGUGCAUUGUUUGCAAAUGUGAAUGUCAAUGUACAUGUAGGAGAACAACCGGUUUGUGGUACAUACAUGACACUGUCAGCUAUUCAUGAGGCUGACAGCAAAGGGAAAUAACCUGUUCUGAAGCGGUUUCGGUGUACGGUGGCUGCCAGAGGACAGGAGGUGGAAAAGGGGAUGUGUCAGGGUGUUAACGGAUGAUCUGGCGAAGACAGGGGAGAUGAGCUGAGGUCUUAUAGAGUGAGAGGUGGAGUGGAUGAGGAGAUGAAUGUCAGAUGCGCAGGUACCCCACAGGAGGCUCCCCCCAGCUCCGGGUAGAGUCACACAGGGAAGGAGAACCACUGACCACAGGUUCGAAAGCUUUGUCCUAAGAGGGUGAGAGGGAUACUGCCAGCUUCCUGGUUACUGUGUCCACCACGCCCUGAAGAGAAGGCAGGGGAAAUCCCAAUGAUUUAAAAAAAAAAAAUCAUAAUAAUAUCAUAUAGCACUUCUCAAAACAAAGUUACAAAGUGCUUUGCAAAUAAAUAAAGUAAAAACACAUAAAAGUAUUACGAAAACAUAAAAACAAGUAAUGAAGUAAAACACUAAAUAUGUGACAGAGAUUUAAGCCGGUAGAGUUUGUUUAAAGCUUUGAUUUAAAGGAAGCUUCGGACUCAGCUGGCCUUAUUUCCUCAGGCAGCGUGUUCCAGAGCCUCAGUGCUCUUAUUUCAAAAGCUCUGUCUCCCUUAGUCCUUUGCCAGGAGUCUGGAGCAGUAAGAGGGCCAGUGCCAGAGGCUGUCGAGCAGGUGGUGUGGAGAUAACAGUCCAACCAGUAAUUGCCUUUCCUGCUGUUCUCCCUGUUGCAGUACAUUUCUGCGGCUGCUCUAAAAAAAGGAUGGAUCUCCAACAAGCUGUCAUUUAGCUUUGCAAGAGCAGCUAUGUCUUUUUCAGUGUUUUCUUUGUACUCAUUCAGCCUUUCAUUCAUUGGUUAGUCAGUGGGAGGAUUUUGAUGGUUAAUGAAGAAGCAAAUCAUAGAGGGCCAUGCUUCCCCGAACUAGAACGGUGCAUCACAUUUUUUUGAACAAUGAACCCUUUAUUCAUAUCCCUUUGAUUUCUGCUUGAGUUGUCCCUUCUGUACCUAUUGUUGUUACCAUGACACACCCUCUGAAAAAGGGUGUCAAUUCCUCACACAGGACAAAAGCAACCAGAGGUCCUUUGGAGGCAGAAACGACACCUUCCCACGACAGACUUCACGCUGAAAACACUGAAUAUAUACGUAAAGCUUCGACAUGCUGCUGCUGAUCGUACUCACUGCAGGUUUGGCCUCGGGGGCCACCCAGUCAAUUUCCCCAGCGCCGUUUUCCUCCUUUACUUCGGGGACAUCCACAGCAGAGACUCCAGAUUCUGCUCUCACAAACAACAUUGUGGCAAUCCUUCAGACGACCGUUCACUCCAAUCAUGAGUUAAAUGAAACGACACUGGCUCCAAUCUUAACUGAGCUUUACGAAAUCAUCCAGCAGGGUCAACCAGAUAGGAACUUCACUCUGACUGUAAAGAACAUCACUAGAGUAUGAAAAGGACUCAUCUCAAACGUUUCUGUGUGUUUCUGAGAGUUAGCUCACAUGUUUCACAAGGUAAUAAAAAAUAUAAUAUAAUUUGAAUACGGAUAAUCCUCUGCUAUUUAUAAUCUAUGUGUCAAAUUUUGGAUUUUGGAGAACAUUACGUGUGUAUUUCUUUCACUUGUUAAAGCAACACUAUGCAACUUUUUUACCAUAUAAUAGCAGCUACACAAUGGGCUCACUGUGAUGUCUCACUGACUUGGAAUAGGGAGAAUAUUGCAGAUUUCAUUCCUCUUCCUGAACGCCUUUUCUUGCUCUGUGUCUUUGAUGAGUAAUCUCCUGCGAGAUGUGGAUCAUUGACUGAUAGUCGCAGCUUCAACUGCCAGAAUCAGGCCUAUUUAAAAACCUGCAUUAAUCUCUGAAAACAAGCAAGGAAACCUUUUAAAAUAUCAAGAAUUGUGAACAGAGUUUGGUGUAAUUUGUCACAGCAGCAGGUCUUCUGGUUCAGGAUCAUGAGAAAUAUGUGUUUAGGAAUGUUUCGGUUCAUAGAGACGGACAAUGAUCAUGGACAUAGAGCCCAUGAGAGAUAAUCAUCACGUGUGGCUGCAGUGGCCGUUGCUCACUAAAAGCCUUCAAAAGAGCCUCCAAUGAUUAUGAGUGACAUAUAUUUAUAUAUUUUUGGAACUCAAGCCACUGUACUACCGAGCAGUUUUUUGUUUUUUUUUUCAUAUUGAACAUAAGUUUCAGAUGCACUGUGGAACACACAUGAAGUUCAUUCUAAUGAGUACAUUUUAAAUGGUUGAAGGUGAUCUCUCUCUCACACACAUACCUGACACUACUGAUGAUUCUCCCUUCUGAAAUGUGUUCUUCCUGCCAUCACUUCCGUUUCAUUUUUUUGGUCUUUUGGAUUAACAUGAAUCAAAACAAUUUUCUUCAAUAAAU